AAGACCCAGACAGCGCUCGGAGAGCCACUCAAGAUCUUUUGGGGGAGCCCAACAAAUGUGACCAUGGGGUCUAUCACCGGAGCUGUCCUCAAGAUGCUACUUCUGUUAUCUACUCAAAAUUGGAAAAGGGUCAUAGCUGGGAAUUCCUAUGAUUGUGAUGAGCCUCUGGUGUCUUCCUUGUCUCAGGCAUCAUUCAGCAGUUCAUCUGAACUUUCUAGCAGUCAUGGUGCCGGAUUUGCAAGGCUAAAUCGAAGAGAUGGAGCUGGUGGCUGGUCUCCACUUGUGUCAAACAAAUACCAGUGGUUGCAGAUUGACCUUGGAGAGAGAAUGGAGACCACUGCUGUGGCCACCCAGGGGGGAUAUGGGAGCUCCAACUGGGUGACCAGCUACCUCCUGAUGUUCAGUGACAGUGGCAGGAACUGGAAACAGUAUCGACAAGAAGACAGCAUCUGGGGCUUUCCAGGAAAUGCAAAUGCAGACAGUGUUGUGUACUAUAAACUCCAGCCUUCUAUCAAAGCCCGAUUCCUGCGCUUCAUUCCUUUAGAGUGGAACCCCAGGGGCAGAAUUGGAAUGCGGAUCGAGGUGUUCGGAUGUGCCUACAGAUCAGAGGUGGUUGAUCUUGAUGGAAAAAGUUCCCUUCUCUACAGAUUUGAUCAAAACUCCCUGAGCCCAGUAAAGGAUAUUAUUUCUUUGAAAUUUAAAACUAUGCAGAGUGAUGGAAUUCUGCUCCACCGGGAAGGGCAAAAUGGAGAUCACAUCACACUGGAAUUAAGAAGAGGAAGACUCUUUUUACUUAUUAAUUCAGGUGAAGCCAAACUGCCCUCCACUCACACGCUCAUCAAUCUCACCCUGGGCAGCCUGCUGGACGAUCAGCACUGGCACUCCGUGCUCAUCCAGCGCGUGGGCAAACAAGUCAACUUUACAGUGGAUGAGCACAGGCACCGUUUCCACGCCCAGGGAGAAUUCAGUUACCUGGACCUUGAUUAUGAGAUCAGCUUUGGAGGGAUUCCAGCACCUGGAAAAUCAGUGUCAUUCCCCCGUAAGAAUUUUCAUGGGUGUCUAGAAAACCUUUAUUAUAAUGGAGUAGAUGUCAUUGAUCUGGCCAAGCGACAAAAACCAGAGAUCAUCACUAUGGGAAAUGUGUCGUUUUCCUGUUCACAAUCACAGUCUGUGCCUGUGACUUUUCUCAGCCCUAGGAGUUACUUAGCCCUGCCAGGCUUUUCCGGGGAGGACGAGCUUUUGGCCACGUUUCAAUUUCGAACCUGGAACAAGGCAGGACUUCUGCUAUUCAGCGAACUUCAGCUGGUUUCAGGGGGUCUCCUCCUCUUUCUUAAUGAUGGAAAACUUAAGCUGAAUCUCUUCCAGCCAGGAAAAUUACCCAGUGACAUCACAGCAGGUGUUGGAUUAAAUGACGGGCAGUGGCAUUCCAUCUCCUUAUCUGCCAAACGGAAUCACCUGAGUCUGGUGGUAGAUGGCCAAGUAGCCUCUGCUGCUUCUUCCCUGGGGCCUGAGCAGAUUUAUUCAGGUGGUACCUAUUAUUUUGGAGGUUGUCCUAACAACAGCUUUGGAUCCAAAUGUAAAAAUCCACUGGGUGGAUUUCAGGGAUGUAUGAGACUCAUUUCUAUCAGUAACAAGGUGGUAGAUCUGAUUUCAGUUCAGCAGGGGUCCCUUGGAAACUUCAGUGACCUUCAGAUAGACUCAUGUGGAAUCACAGACAGGUGUUUGCCGAACUAUUGUGAACACGGUGGUGAAUGUUCCCAGUCCUGGAGCACCUUUCACUGCAACUGUGCAAACACUGGUUACACGGGGGCUACCUGCCACAACUCUAUCUAUGAGCAGUCAUGUGAAUCCUAUAAGCACAGAGGAAACACUUCAGGGUUUUACUAUGUAGAUUCAGAUGGAAGUGGUCCUCUGGAACCCUUUCUUCUAUAUUGCAAUAUGACUGAAACUGCAUGGACCGUCAUACAGCACAAUGGCUCUGACCUAACAAGAGUCAGAAACACUAACCCAGAGAACCCAUAUGCUGGGUUUUUCGAAUAUGUGGCCAGCAUGGAGCAGCUCCAGGCCACAAUUAACCUUGCGGAGCACUGUGAACAGGAGCUUACCUACUACUGCAAGAAGUCACGACUUGUCAAUAAACAAGAUGGAAGCCCUCUGAGUUGGUGGGUUGGCAGAACCAAUGAAACGCAAACGUACUGGGGAGGUUCUUCGCCCGACCCUCAAAAAUGUACAUGUGGAUUAGAAGGGAACUGCAUUGAUUCUCAGUAUUACUGCAACUGUGAUGCUGACCGGAAUGAAUGGACCAAUGACACCGGAUUCCUUUCUUAUAAGGAACAUCUGCCGGUGAGGAAGAUAGUGGUUACAGACACGGGCCGACCGCACUCAGAAGCAGCUUAUAAACUGGGACCUCUGCUCUGCAGGGGAGACAGGUCAUUUUGGAAUUCAGCUUCCUUCAAUACUGAGGCUUCAUACCUUCAUUUUCCUACUUUCCAUGGAGAACUUAGUGCAGAUGUGUCUUUCUUUUUUAAGACAACAGCUUCAUCUGGGGUAUUUUUAGAGAACCUGGGGAUUACCGAUUUUAUAAGGAUAGAGCUACGCUCUCCAGCAGUAGUGACCUUUUCAUUUGAUGUGGGGAAUGGACCUUUUGAAAUCUCGGUGCAGUCACCCACUCAUUUCAACGACAACCAGUGGCACCACGUCAGGGUGGAAAGGAACAUGAAAGAGGCAUCUCUUCAAGUGGAUCAGCUCUUACCGAAGACACAGCCUGCUCCCACUGAUGGGCACAUCCUUUUACAGCUCAACAGUCAGCUCUUCGUGGGUGGAACGGCCACCAGACAGAGGGGCUUUCUGGGCUGCAUUCGGUCUCUGCAGUUGAACGGAAUGUCCCUGGACCUGGAAGAAAGAGCUAAGGUGACGCCCGGAGUGGAGCCGGGUUGCAGAGGGCACUGCAGCAGCUACGGAAAAUUGUGUCAAAACGGAGGGAAAUGCAGAGAAAAGCUCAGUGGGUUCUCUUGUGACUGCACCCUCUCUGCAUUCACAGGGCCGUUCUGCUCCAGGGAGAUUUCUGCAUAUUUUGGAUCUGGCUCAUCUGUGAUUUACAAUUUUCAAGAAAAUUAUUCCCUAAGUAAAAAUUCCAGCUCCCACGCUGCUUCAUUUCAUGGCGAUAUGAAACUGAGCAGAGAAAUGAUCAAAUUUAGCUUUCGAACAACACAAGCACCAAGCUUACUGCUUUAUGUGAGCUCCUUUUAUAAAGAAUACCUUUCAGUUAUCAUUGCCAAAAAUGGAAGUUUGCAGAUCAGGUACAAGCUAAAUAGAUAUCAAGAACCUGAUGUCGUUAACUUUGAUUUCAAAAACAUGGCGGAUGGGCAGCUUCACCACGUAGAGAUUAACAGAGAAGAAGGCGUGGUCUUUGUAGAGAUUGACGAGAAUGCAAAGAGACAAGUCCACCUGUCAUCAGGUACAGAAUUCAGUGCCGUCAGGUCUCUUGUACUGGGCAGGAUUUUAGAACACAGUGAUACAGACCAGGAGACGGCGCUGGCGGGCGCACAGGGCUUCCGGGGCUGUCUCUCUGCCGUGCAGCUCAGCCACGUGGCUCCUCUGAAGGCCGCACUGCAGCCCAGCCACCUGGCCCCCAUCACCGUCUCGGGACACGUGACAGAGUCCAGCUGUGUGGCCCAGGGUGGUACCGAUGCCACAUCAAGAGAAAGGACACACUCGUUUGCAGAUCAUUCGGGAACAAGAGAUGACAGAGAACCCCUCGCUAAUGCAAUCAGAAGUGACUCUGCAGUGAUUGGAGGUUUAAUAGCUGUUGUGGUCUUUACCUUGCUGUGCAUCGCUGCCGUAGCCGUUCGCAUUUAUCAGCAGAAAAGGUUAUACAAAAGAAAUGAGGCGAAAAGGUCAGAGAACGUAGACAGUGCCGAGGCUGUUUUGAAAAGUGAGCUUAAUAUACAAAGUGCAGCCAAUGAAAAUCAGAAAGAGUACUUCUUCUGAUUGGCGGCUGUGAUUUAACUUGCGAUUCCGGCAGUCUGUCUUAAUAGCCAGGGGCUCUCGAUGGACAAGAAAAGGCUCUCACACUGAGUGGACAGGCAAUGGAUUUUCAGCACUGCCAUCUUGCCAUAUCCAGACUCGAGAUGGCUGCGGGAGGCCUCAUCCGGUGACGUAUUUCCCGUAGCAGUCGUUCUAGAGAACAAGGAAUUCGAUAUUGCUCUUAAUUUCCAGCUGUUCUGAUAGGAUCUAAAAUGGAAGUUUGACUGGCUUGAUGACUAGGGGUUUUGAACGUGAAAACUGUAGGAAAAAAUCAAAAUUGGAUGAUAAUAACUUGCUUUUUUUGAGAACAUGCUCUGUGUUUGCUUUAGUGUCCCUCCAGUGUUAUUCACAGACCUGGAAAUGCUUCUCAGAUCCUGUUUGGCCGUGUUUGCAUCUUCAGUGGCCAAAAGUAUAUCAGCCCUUUGCCUUUCUCUGUAUUACAUUCAAUACAAUUUAUCAAUAGUCUUGAAAGAUGUUUUGUUGUCGUUGCUUUGAUCGUAUUGCUCUUUUUCUAUUGGACUCUUCUUAAUGAUUUUGAACGCAUUAGGUUUUGAGUGUCAGACUUUAGCUCUGAAUCUAAAAUCCAUAUGUGACAAGACUCAGAGAGUGCAUUGGUUGUCAGUGUGUGGUGUCCUACCUUUUAAAUUUCUCAUCAUCUGCUAUCCGUGUUCAGUGGUGGCAGUAGGGAAGACGCUGGAUAAAUGCCAAUUUCCCAAAGAAUGUGAAGUGUUUGCAACUACCAAGCUUGUUGAUAUAAAGAACACAAUC